GAAUCGCGUCCGACCCAACCGAACUCCCGAGCUCGGUGUACGCUCCCCAGCGCAAAGGGGAAAGGGUUUCGAAUGGCGCUUGUAACCUCGUGCGGCGCUCACUCUCCGAGGCUCCAAUGGCGAUGCGGUGGCUGGCGAGGGCGGCGAUGCAGCGGCUGGCGCAUCAGCCGAUGGUCCGCUCAUUUUCCUCUAUGAUGCCCGCUGCAACGUCGGAGGCGUUGCCGGUUGCUGGGUUCGUGGUGCCGUGCGGUCGCGGCGACAAGAAGACGAAGCGAGGGAAGCGAUUCAAGGGCUCGUUCGGCAACUCGCGGGGGAAGCGGAAGAAGAUGAUCCAGCGGAUCAAGGACCGGGUCGAGGUCCCUAGGUCCACUCCCUGGCCCCUCCCUUUCAAACUUAUCUGAGAUCCCAUCUCGCCUCUUUGUGUGAAAACUUUUUCCUCUGAGCUAAAGUAAUGUAGAUCCUUAAGAUUACAUGAAGCAUCUUCCUAGAUGUGUUUUUCCUCAUUGAAUUCUGCUAUGGGACUGAAAGGACUGAGGAGUGCAUUUCCUACAACCAGUUGAGUGGCAUUUAUUUUAUAUGAUCAAUAUCAUAGUCAGCUCUUAGCUAUUGUGUCAGGUCAGAUAGGUUUCCCAUCUCUUCAUUAAUUCUUUCUGAUUAAGGUUUCUCUAUCUUCCUAUAUCAUAGCCAUUAAUCCCAUUGAACAGGAUAGCCAUUCUAUUUAGUUGUGCAUGUUAUAAUGUAGAGAUCUUAACAUGUAACUUUUGGGUAUUAAUGCAACAUUUUGGAGUCUUUGCCAUCUGAAACUUUAAUUCCCCAAUUUCAAUGGUGUAUCCAAUUAUUUCU